CACAUUCAAGAUACCGAGAAUAAACGCGGUAAAUCCCAUCGAGUGUAGUUUACAUGCAAAACAAUCGCCUUGAAACAACAUCGUCGAUCAACAAACUACUUUCUUUAGUCUAGCGGUAUUGGUGCUAGAGAUGUCUUUCGAUUACGGCAAACUUCCGAUUAAUGUGGCGAGGUUCCUCGCAAACUAUCUGACUAGAUUUAUUUUUGGAGGGCUCCUUCUUUACUGCUGUUGGACACCACUGCAAAAUUUGAGCGGAUGGUUCUCUUACCACGUUAUUCUUUGCACUUUUGGGUACAUACCCUUGAUGGCAGAAGCUCUAAUGCUGUUUGUGGGUGACGAACUAUGGAGUAGGCAGUUAUCUAGGAAGCAGAAAUAUAGUGUCCACGCUAUUCUGAUCACCGUAGGGACUGUAUUUAUCAUUGUGGGGAACUCGCUGAUGUUUCAUUACUACCAUCCAGAUUAUCAUUUUUAUACUGCACAUGGAAUAACAGGUCUCAUAUCCAUGAUCAUCCUCAUUCUCUCCCUCUUCUUGGGAGUGGCGGCAAACUACUCCAACGAAAUGAAGAGCUACUUGUCCCUUAGGCCAGUGUGGUACAAGUUUGUCCACAACGGAGUAGGCAUCCUAGGCUACGCCAUCGGUAUAGUCAGUUUAUGUUACGGCUACUACACCCAUUGGUUUGCCUAUUAUCACGGAGAAGAAUCCAGAGCAGCAGCUCUCAUAUUAACCAUAGUGGUUUCGCUGUGGUCCAUAAACGGUGCGAUAGCAUCAGGUUAUAAUCAAAUAAAAUCGUUGUUUUCUUGAA